GAGACAGAGAGAGAGAGGAGCAGAGAUGCGUGGCCUGAAAGAUGAGCGUGCGAUGGGAUUGCUGUAAGAUCUCACUGCAGGCACCUCCUCUGGACUAUUCCUUCCGAGGCAUCAGCUUCAUCCAAGACCUGCUGACAGAGGAGCCCCGGGCUGGCCUCAAGGUGAUCAAGCGCUCGGCCGGGGGGAAGCUGCUGACCCAGGCGGUGCGCCUGAAUAACAACACCAUCAAUGAGCUGACCGACUUCGCCUCCACCAUGGAGCAGCUGCUGGAGUACCCCGACGAGCUCUCCUGGGUCGACCUCUCCUUCAACGACUUGUCUACCAUCGACCCGGUGCUGACUAUGUACCCCGACCUCCGGGCCCUCAACCUGCACGGGAACAGCAUCCAGAGCCUCGGCGAGGUGGACAAGCUGGCCGUCCUGCCGCGCCUGCGCACGCUGACCCUGCACGGAAACCCCAUCGAGGAGGAGAAAGGCUACAGGAGCUACGUGUUGUCCGUGCUGCCCCAGCUGAAGUCCUUCGAUUUCAGCGGCGUGACGAAGCAGGACCGCUCCACCGCCACCUUCUGGAGACGCAUGAACGUCAAACCCAAGAAAGUCAAGAAAAGGCGGGACGACUACUGAGGGGACGGGCUGAAGCAGCAUCUGCCCCGUUCAGCGGGGCCCAGCGCCCUGCGGGGGUGGGCGGCGUAA